ACUAUUAAUCUGUGAUUUUGACGUCCGAACUUCGAAUUCAGAAAUAUUUAGUAUUUCUAAAAGUUAAUCUAAAGCAAGGAACAUAUUUACUAAGGAGGCCAUCUCUAAUCUAGACUUAACUAAAACAACAACAAAAAUGCAGUGCUGCGUGCCGUUCUGUGUAAAUACUUCAGACAAUGCGUCAACAUCUGAGGGAACAGGAAUCACCUUUCACAAGUUACCCAGUGAAGAAAAUCUCCGUGCUGCUUGGCUCAAAGCCCUCGGCAUACAAGACCAUCACCUGCCCGACCCUGCUGUGGUCUGCUCACAGCAUUUUGUAGAUGAAGACUUUUAUACAACAAAGAAUUGUGUAAGGCAGAUUCGCUCUGAUGCCAUACCUUCAACAGUGCAGAUGUGCAUGAUAUGCCUGGACUCUGACAGCAAGCUGUUUCUAAUGAGUAAACACAAGUUGGAGGAGGCAUAUCAACAGCUGACUGGACUGUCUUUGUUUCAGCUGUGUCGUGGAACAAACCUGAAGCAAACGCUCUGUGUGCUGUGUGCUCAGAGAUUGAUUAACUUCAGCAGAUUCAGAGACUUGUGCUUGAGAGCCCAUUCACUGAUGACAGACUUACUUGAACAAGAUGAAUUUAUUACUAUACAACAUAAGGAAUUGAUGAACUGCGCAACAAAACAUCUGAAGUGUAACUUAACACGGACAACAUUAGGAGCUGACUGCUGUGACUUGUACAUAGAUUACACUGAUGAAGAGGAACAGACAGCAGCAGAGGAAUCUGUAGUGGGAGAUGGUGCAACACUUGUAAAGCGUGAAGACAGUUCUGACUCCAUGUCAAAUGCUGAUAACUUAGAAUUGGUACAUGAAGAUGACAAUCAGAGAGACAGUUCCAGCUAUGACUGUAUAACUAAAAAUGAAUACUCUGACGUGAGCAUAAAGUUGGAACCAAUACCAGUGGAUGAAGCUAUAUGUGAAGUUCCAGUGUUCUGCUCUACGGCCACAGAACACGUGGCUGAGACAGAGAGUAGAGAAGUUUACAUAAAAAGUGAAAGUACCGUCUUCGGGUGCACAUUAUGUUAUGAAGACUUUGUGCAAGAAGAUGCAUACAAUGAACACGUGAUCAUGCAUCUCCAGAACGCUGCAUGUGAUGCAUCACAAGUGUGCGAGCCUCGUGCAGCUGUGAGCCGCAGCUGUGACUCACUCGUGCUGCAGAACAAGACAGGAAGUCAGAGGCUGAAUGAUGCCCCUCCCCCGGCUGCAGGCUGCGCUCAGGCCACAGUCGCUCCACUGUCCGCGAGACUUGCGGCAAAAUACAACAAAAUGAAGGCAACUGAAGAAGCAGCUGCGACCUGGAGAAGCCAACAAAUCAACCAGUUGUCUCAAGGCAAUACCAAAACAAAUUGUGUAGUACAGUUAUGUGAUAUCUUCAAGAAACCCAAGAAAACUGUACUAAAUAAUACUCCAAAGGUGAAAACCAAUAUUGGUGCAAAGAUUUUUUACUCUUGUGACACAUGCGAUUACAAAACUGCAUACAAAAAUUAUUUAUCAAGACACAAAAGAACCCACACUGGUGAGAAGCCUUAUUCCUGUGAGAUAUGCAAUUUUGCAACUGCUGAUAAAAGUCAUUUAAUUACACACAUGAGAACCCACACUGGCGAAAAGCCUUAUUGUUGUGAUAUAUGCGACUACAAAUGUGUACGGAAAAGUAAUUUAAUUAGACAUAAAAAGACCCACACUGGAGAGAAGCCUUAUUCCUGUGAGUUAUGCAAUUUCACAACUGCAGAUAAAAGUAAUUUACUAACGCACAAUAGAACCCACACUGGCGAAAAGCCCUAUUGUUGUGAGAUAUGCAACUAUAAAUGUAUACGGAAAAAUAACUUAAUCAGACACAAAAAAACCCACACUGGAGAGAAGCCUUAUUCGUGUGAAAUAUGCAAUUUUAGAACUCCCGAUGAAAAUAUUUUAGCAAGACAUAAAGAAACCCACACUAGCGAUAAGUCUUACUGUUGUGAGUUUUGCAAUUAUAAGUGUGUACGGAAAAGUAACUUAAAUAGACAUAAAAGAACCCACACUGGUGUAAAGCCUUUUUCUUGUGAGAUGUGCGACUACAGAACUGUAUGGAAAAGUAACUUAAUUAAUCACAGGAAAACCCACACUGGUGAAAACCCUUACUCGUGAAAGAAAAGCAAUGCUGUGAAUGAAAGCAAUGAAUGUCAUAAGUGUAUUAUAGUACGAAAUUCAUCUAGUAGCACAAUUUUCAUGUUUUUCAGGAGAGAACUUGUAUUAAAGAGAGCAUAUUUAUUAUUUACUAGCGGACCCGGUCAAGGUCUACCACUACCCUACCCCUACCGCUUGACUCUUAAACGUUUGUAUGGGAAAUAGAAAAGGGCAGUUUUUAGGGUUUUCCCGGAAAUUAUUUGAUUUUUUCUCACCUUUUAAACCUUCCCUAUACCUCCACGAACAUUUCAAGACCAAGAUAAGAUAAAUCCGUUAAGCCGUUCUCGAGUUUUAGCGAGACUAACGAACACCAAUUCAUUUUUAUAUAUAUAGAUUCAUCGUUGUUCAUGCUGGUUGAAACGCAAAAUGCUGCAAUAACUACCUUAUACCUUCACACAAAUUGAAAAUGCAAUUUCGAAAAAUUAAAAAGGCAUAUGUCUGAAAAAAUUAAAAAGGCACAUGUCUGAAAAAAGAGAAACCCCGAUACAUGUUAUGCUUAGAUGCAGAGGUGUCUCUGAACAACUCGCAGCACACAUUGGAUCCCCAGCCACUCCAUGAGGGGUUCGAAGACCUGGGCGGCCUGCUAAGCUUCUGGAGCGAGCUCGGUUGGCUGGAGUGACUCCAUUAGGGACCAGCACCACGCACAACGUCUGAAAAAUUAAAAAGGCACAUGUCUGAAAAAUUAAAAAGGCACAUGUCUGAAAAUUAAAAAAGCAAAUCUCUGUAAAAUUUAAAAAGGCACAUGUCUGAAAAAUUAAAAAGGCACAUGUCUGAAAAAUUAAAAAGGCACAUGUCUGAAAAAUUUAAAAAGGCAUUAUGUCUGAAAAUUUAAAAUGUCAAGGAAUUAAAAAUAAAAUAAAUCAUUUUCCAAACCAGUGUAUAAUUUCUAAAAAUAAGUAUUGUGUUAUAUUUUGGUGUUAAAUAGCCUUCAAAAAUUAAUUAAUUAUGUAUUUUAAAAUUAAUCUAAAUAUGAUAUUUGUGAGAUUUAUGUAGAGAAUAUUUGACAUGUGCCCUUUUCGGAAUUGGAUAUUCAAUUAUAUAACUCGACAGAGAGCGUAACACUCCUGAUGGUCCGCGCGGGCCGGAAGGGGGGUAUCGAUGCCCCGCACGACUUCAUACCCGCGCAGUCCUUGCCUCUGCCCCGCGCGCUUGACUUCACACCCGCGCAGUCCUUCCCCCCGUCGCCCGCAUAUCAUAGGAGUGUCAUCAUUAUAGAUUAUAGUAGGACCAGUAUCACACCCAAAUUCACAGUUUGUCAUUUUUUGCGGCUAACUUAGAUUUGUGUAUAUCUUAUACUAAACUAUAGUACGGCCUCCGUGGCGCAGUAGUAUGCGCGAUGGAUUUACAAAACGGAGGUCCUGGGUUCGAUCCCCGGCUGGGCAAAUUGAGAUUUUCUUAAUUUGUCCAGGUUUGGCUGGUGGGAGGCUUCGGCCGUGGCUAGUUACCACCCUACCGGCAAAGACGUACCGCCAAGCGAUUUAGCGUUCCGAUACGAUGCCGUGUAGAAACCUAAAGGGGUGUGGAUUUUCAUCCUCCUCCUAACAAGUUAGCCCGCUUCCAUCUUAGACUGCAUCAUCAGUUACCAUCAGGUGAGAUUGUAGUCAAGGGCUAACUUGUAUAGAAUAGAAUAUAGUCUGGUACUUCGUUGAUGACACUCCCAUAAUAUGCGGGCAACGGGGGGAAAGACUGCGCGGGUGUGAAAUUGUGCGUGCGGGGAAGUGAGGUGCAUCAGUCGUGGGGUUUUCAUUCAUCGCUACACGCCACCCGGCUCGCGCAGACCAUCGGGAGUGUUAGGAACGAAGUACACCAUUCAACUAUACAGAAAGGUAUUUUUACAGAGUUCUUUGACAUACGAACACGAUUACAACUAUGUAACAUCGAUGCUAUAGAGACAGUUGUCAUAAUCGCAUUAGAUCAUUGAUCAUAUACUUUGACAGAAAAGUAACGUCUAGCGAGGCAGGUCUUGUACAAUAUUAGUCUUAGUUAAUAACAAAUACCGUAGUAUUGAAAAAAAAGUGUGUGUGUCAGCUCUGACGCACGAAUGGAGUUUACUCGACUGCCUAAAUAGUUACGCCUGAAAAGUGAACGGUGCGCAACCGAGGAGCAGCAGGCCGCGGCGUGCGCGCCCGCCAACAGCGUGCACAUGUGUGCGCACGCAUUUGCACGCAGUUGACGGCAGCGCACGGUGAAAGGUGCGCAGAAUAGGUUGCGCACUAAAACGUAACGCUGUCAUUCAUUCAUCGAAUUUUACUGCCCAUAUUGAUAAAAUAGUUUUGAGUAUACAGUAUGUGACAGUGUGUGAGCCGUGAUAGCCCAGUGGAUAUGACCUCUGCCUCCGAUUCCGGAGGGUGUGGGUUCGAAGUGUGUGCAUUUUAAGAGAUUAAAUAUCACGUGUCUCAAACGGUGAAGGAAAAACAUCGUGAGGAAACCUGCAUACCUGAGAAUUUUCUAAAUUUUAAGCGUAAGGACUAUUAGCCUAACCCCUUUCAAUCAGUGAGGAGACUCGAGCUCAACAGUGAGCCGAAUCAAAUAUGGGUUGAUAACGAUACAGUAUGUAUGUAUAUACUGUAUACUCAAAACGUUUAGGUAGUUACACGAUGUAAAUAAACAAACCGUAUGACUCAGGGGUGUUCAACAUUUUAUUAAAGCACUAGCGAACGCCCGCGACUUCGUCUGCCCUUAGACCUCUUUAUUCCGGCCCUUACAGUAGUGUCGCUGAAAAAAUGGAGUAACUUCUCCCGUUUUCCCAACAUUUCCCUUCACUGCUCUGCUCCUAUUGAUCGUAGCGUGAUGAAAAGUAUACUAUAACCUGCCCAGGAGUAUGAAGAAUAAUUGUACCAAGUUUCGUUAAAAUCCGUCGAGUAGUUUUGUAACUAUAACGAACAUACAGACAGACUGACAAAAAUUUUACUGAUUACAUUUGUGGCAUCAGUUUCGAAAAGUUGAUAGUUAUUUUGGAAAUAUAUUUCAUGUACAGAAUUGACCUCUCUACAGAUUUAUUAUAAGUAUAGAUUAUUUAUGAAUAUUGUAAUGAAAUAAAACUUCCUUUGUAAACCAAA